AUGACAAUCACGUCUCCCAGCAAUUGGCGAACAAAUGUCGCUAAUUUCUCACCGUCCUGGUUCACGGCCACAAUGGGCACGGGAAUCACUUCAAUGCUCCUCCACGAUCUUCCCUACAAUGCCAUUUGGCUCUACUGGCUUUCGAUAGUUGUGUUCACCUUCAACGUCGUCCUCUUCGUAUCCUUUCUAGCUCUUUCGCUUGCUCGAUAUAUCUGCUGGACGGGUACUUGGACAAAUACUGUUCAUCAUCCUGAGCAAAGUCUUUUCCUUGGUGCUGUUCCUAUGUCACUUGGGACCAUUGUAUGCAUGAUCUGUUACGUAUGCGGGGAGGCUUGGGGGAUGCCGGCACGAUAUCUAGCCAUCGCACUCUGGGUGAUACAGGUCGUUCUUUCGGUCCUGUGCGCCUUGAUCCUGCCCUUUCUUCUGAUUAGCAGGGACCAUGAGAUCGACCUGCCUAUGCUGACAGCGCGCCAUUUGUUUCCCGCCUUGUCUUGCGUGGUAGCGAGUGCCUCAGUCAGUGUCGUGGCGAGUGUCCUUCUUAACGCACAGCAUGCCCUUUGGACAGUGCUGGUCAGCUACAUCCUGUGGGGUAUUGGCGUUUCGAUGGCGAUGGCGAUCUUGGUGGUCUACUGUCAUCGCCUUGUUGUCCACAAGCUGCCACGCCCAGAGCUCAUCGUCAGCGUGUUCAUACCGAUAGGCCCAUUGGGCCAAGGUGGCUUUGCGAUUCUGAAUCUGGGUAGUCUGGCCACUUCGAUUCUUCCACAGACGAGCACCCUGCAUGACUCCACGGGGAAUUUCUUAUGUGACGCUGGGUUUUUCAUUGCACUACUCUUCUGGUCCCAGGGUUUAUUGUGGACUUUCCUCGCAAUUGCUUCAACCUAUCAUUCCAGAAAGGGCUUUCCCUUCAACCUAGGAUGGUGGGCUUUCGUCUUUCCAUUGGGUACUUUGGCACUUUGCAGUAAUGCACUUGGCAAAGAACUGCCUUCUCAAUUCUUCAAGGUGUCGGGGAUGAUCAUUUCAGUCCUCGUCUUCGUCCUCUACGUCAUAGUCACAGUUGAGCAUGUUGAUCAGACGAUCAGACGGCCCGUUAAUCGCACGUUCAAGGUCGAAUAUUCCUUCUUCACGUCGCCAACCCCUGGUGUCCCCUCGAUCAAUUCACCAGCCGACGCCGCGAAAUCGGCUGAAGUUUGUCUGCCACAUAUCCUACCCUUGAUCCCAAACCAUGAUGCUUUCCUGGUUGCAUGCUAUUCACAACAUCCGCUGGUGGCCAUGCUGCGGUCAGAAUGCACUAAGUUUCCAUCGGGUGCAACAGGAGGGGAACAGGGUGCCGGAAAAUAUGUGAAUGGAAUUUUCGAGGCCAGUGUCACGACCAGUUUGUCCUUGAUCCUGGAAGAGCAGAGCUUCGGCAUCGUCAGCACCGGAAAGGUCUGGGAGAAAGCUCUCACUCAAGCCGUUCAUGAAUUCGUCGGUACUGGAGAAAGCGGGUCUGACAAGUACAUUGGAUGCGAGACAACAGGAUUGAAUGCUACAGAGCUGCAUGACUUACCUUCGGAUGAGGUCCGGGCUAAGAUGAUAGCAGCUACAAAGCGAUUGCUGCACAGGGGAGAGCAGGGUGAAGCAAGGGCUGUCCAGGCUAUAUGCCUCGGCUGCGCCGGUAUGGUCGGUCUUGAUGAAGCUGUUCGGCAAGCAUGUAUCGAGGUGCUUGGGGACGAGAGAGGUAGACGUGUCAGUAUCGUAGAUGGAGUCAAAGCAGGGGUGGGCAGCCUUGUAACCCUUGUGGUUGGUGGCUUCUGA